GUGACUCAUGGCUUCCCAACGGCGGGCGGCUCCUCCCCGCGGCCGCCGGCCCCGCGGCAACCCCCGGCACAUGGGCCGGGGCUCCGGCAGAGCGGAGCUGGCCAUGGCCGCACCGCCCGGCUGCUGUCCCGACUGCCCGGGACCGGAGCGGGGCGGCGGCGGCGGGAUCCCCGCCGUGCCCCACCUCGGGAUUGCGGUGGAUGAGGGCGAUGUGCUGCCCGGGGCGCUGCGGCUCAUGCGGGAGCUGAGACCCGCUUGGGAGCCGGCGAGGGUGAAGACCAAGCUCUUCACCGAUGGCAUCACCAACAAGCUCGUGGCCUGCUACACAGACGAGGGCAUGGCAGAUGCGGUGCUGGUCCGUGUCUACGGCAGGAAGACAGAGCUGUUUGUGGACCGGGAGACGGAGCUGAGGAACUUCCAGGUGCUGCGUGCCCAUGGCUGCGCCCCUGACCUCUACUGCGCCUUCCAGAACGGGCUCUGCUAUCAGUUCCUGCCAGGCAUCGCGCUGGGGCCCGACCACGUGCGGGACCCCCGCAUCUUCAGGCUGGUGGCCCAGGAGAUGGCCCGGGUACAUGCCAUCCACGCCAAUGGAAGCCUCCCCAAGCCCAUCCUUUGGCAGAAGCUGCACAAAUACCUCACCCUCGUGAAGACGGAUCUCAGCCCAAAGGUAUCCAACCCCAGCCUCCAGCAGGACGUGCCCAGCCUAGAAAUGCUUGAACACGAGCUGGCCUGGAUGAAGGAAACGCUCUCCCAGCUGGGGUCCCCCAUCGUGCUUUGCCACAACGACCUGCUCUGCAAGAACAUCAUCUACGAUGGGACACAAGAGCAUGUUCGCUUCAUAGACUAUGAGUACACUGGCUACAACUACCAGGCUUUCGACAUCGGAAACCACUUUAAUGAGUUUGCAGGCGUGAAGGAGGUGGAUUACCGCCUCUACCCCAGCAAGGAGACCCAGUUGCAGUGGCUGCGCUCCUACCUGCAGGCCUACAAGCAGCUCACCCAGGGGGACCAAGGAGGCAUGGGGGUGUCUGAGGAGGAGCUGGAGGCUCUCUACGUUCAAGUGAACAAGUUUUCUUUGGCAUCCCAUUUCCUCUGGGCAUGCUGGGGCCUGAUCCAGGAUAAAUACUCUACCAUAGACUUUAACUUCUUAAGAUAUGCAAAGCUAAGGUUUAAACAGUACUUCACAAUGAAGCCGUUGGUCACAGCCCUGCAGAUCUCUAAAUAGCAUCUCCAGCCUAUUUUGUCCUUGCUGCGUCCACAGCCCUCUCCUCCCCCUUCCCCACCCCAGCUGGGGGCGAGGGCAGGUCCUGAUGGUGGGAAGGGGGAGGAGAGGAGCUCUGACCCAGGCACCGAUUAAAGGAGACCCUGGACAUACCUGAGACUGGACCAUGAGAUGCUAGAGAGGACUACGGCCUCAGAGAGGCCACUGCCUACGCAAGGAAGCCUUACCAUCGCCUUAACGCCGAGCCCCGGCUCGGCCCCGGUGCCUGCAGGUCCGUGCUCCGUGCUGGCACUACUGCUGCUUGGCCUGGCACCCAGUUUGUUCCCUCCGUGCGGUCCCUGAGGGGGGAAGCGGGUUCCCCUGUCUGCUCAGGAGCCCCCAGAGCUGCCCAGUUGCUUUAGCUGCCCAAUGCACACUCUGUGCCUGUUGCCUUUGCUGCUCCCUCUGUCCCUUCUUGCCCUGCCACUUGGGCUCCCACCCCCAAACCAGCAACUGUCCUGGGUCAGUAUUGAUCCUGGGCUAGGGGCUGUCUCUGAGCAUGGGACCCUUUUCCACGAGGGGUGGGUGCUGCUGUGCUCCAGCUCAGAUGGUGCAAAGCAGCAAGGGGCAGCAAGAGCUGUGAGCCACGUGGGCUUGAGACCAGCGGGCUUUUGCUGGCAGGCGCUGGGUGCCUGCCCAGCCUGCAAUGCGUCAGCCCGUGGCUGGCUCUGCUCUUCCCCGUGGCCAUUGUCUCCCAGACCGUCAUUACCUCCCUGCUCCCAUCAAGGCUUCCCUCGUAGCAUCCUGUGCUGCUGGGCUCCCACCUCUGCCUUCCCCAUCUCCCACAGGGCCAUGGGCAUCGGUCCUCCCCUUCCCGGUGCUCCUCUUUUGGCUGUUUCCUUGCAUGGGACCCCCCAGCAGGAGGUUGAAUAGAGACAAUCUGCUCCAUGAGCUGCACCCAGCUUCAUCCCCUGUCACCACUCAGCUGCUCCCCCACCACAGGCUCUGUCAGGGUGAUCCUGGCCUGCUGAGCACUGCCUAGCUCAUGACAGCGGUUGUGCAUCAGCUGGGGAGUGGGAUCAGACCGCCUCUGCCCCUGCCUUGGCUGCUUGGCGAGUGGUAUGGGGACAAGGUGGCAAUCCCAUGCACAGGGGCACAGGAACCUGCCCCAGCGUGGACCGGGACUGUUGUUGCGUCUCGUGUUCGUUUUGGUCCAGAAUAAAAGCUGCUGGUAGCUCGAAAUGGGGGGAUGGCAGAUCUGUGGGGACUGGUGCAGGACUUGUGCUGGAGCAGGGGCAGCAUCCCUGGGACCCGGGGGUACACUCAGCCCUUCUCCUGCAGCUGGAGGGGCCGGGGAAGGCCAGAGCAGGAGCAGAGCUGGUGGUGGACGUCUCUCCUCGUAGAGUGGGCUGCUGAUGUCCCUCCAGGCUCCUGAUCUCCCUUCAGGUGUUGCAUGCAGCACUCACUGCCCCUUCCCUGCAGGCAGCAACUGCCGAGGAUUAUCCUUGUCCUAGAGCGAUGCCCGGUGGUUGAAAACAGCCUCCUGCAGAGCUGUUCCCACAUCUUCGUUGUGGCCCUGCUGGGCUCCGGCUCUGGCAAGGGCAGGUUGGAGCACUUGGCUGCAGCGGGCACUGGGCGGAAGAGGCUGAACCCCAAACCUGCUGCCAUGUGGGGUGAGACCUCGAGAAAACACAGGUGAGAGGUGGGAAGGAGAGGGGAGACGCUUGGGACACCCCACGGACAGGGCAGGAGAAAGAGCUAAGAAACAGCACAAGUGAAACCGUGGCAGGGAGUGAGAGCCUUAGGAGGGGGCUGUGCCCUGACUGCCUGGGGUGAGAGCUCCCUGCCCAGCCCUCAGCUCCCCCAGCCCCCAGGCUGGAAAAGUCCAGACUCAGAACUCUGCUCCAAAAAGUCAUCUUUAUUGUGCCAAGGGGUGGGGGGGACAAUUGUAAACAAGUAUGUGAAAUAUACAGGUUAAGUUACUCGUUGUCUUAUUAACAAAAUAAAGCUCUAUCUAUAUUUACAGUCUCUUU